AUGGUGUUGGGUGGAAGUUCUAAAAAUGAGGAUGUAACAGAACCUUUGAGCAUUGAAUUAAACAAGGCCAUAUCUUUGAUGAUAUGCCAUAAACAUGGUUUAGGAAUGUCUGCAGAGCUUAAGCAAAAGGCCAAGGUGGGAUAUGAAAGAAGAACAAAGAAAAUCAAAGUGGACGAAAACACGUUUCGUGAACGAAUUAGACAAUAA